UUGCAGUACUUGCGAAGCGAGGACUUACUGCAUACAGCUUGCUCAUCUUUGACGCACCUCGAGUCGUCAUUCAUCGAGUCGCCAGAUCUGUUUGGUAUUGCGGAACAUGUAAAGCAAAGACCGAGUUCUAAGAGGAAGCGCGGUAGUAAAGAAGUAGUGACGCGGACGGAAACAGAAGCGCUGACGGCUGCACAUCAUCAGGAUAAGCCCAGAAUUGUGCUUCGUAUCGGGAGACCCAGCACCGGACUUCGUGUUGAGCAGAUUGAACCUGAUUAUGGAUCUAUCGGAAAUGUAGGCUUCUUUGGGAGAAGGCUGUUGAUAGCGCGUACAAAAUUGUCACAACAACAAAGCCAUUUGAUAUCUGAUUUCAAUCUUACCAUGGUUAGACCUAAAAAUCCAGUAGUGAAGUGCGACAUCGAUGUAGCUCCUCUACUCGAGUCGCUGAAUCCCGUAUCUCCAAUUUGCUUGUCUCUUCCACGCGCCGAAGGAAGCUUGCAGCAUGCGGUGGAUCAGUUUGAAAAGGGUAUUGGCUGUAUUAUGAGCCAAGUUGAUCAUGCUAGGCAAAUCAUCGAGAGCCUUCGAGAUAAAAUGCACUGGUCUUUGCAUUAUCUCAUGGACGCUCAGUUGUUCCUUCUGGAUGUCUUAUACGAAUUGUGGGGAUUCACUGCUCGCACCAUCCAAAUAGCUGUCUUUAGCAUUUAUCAAGCGUCUCUUUGGGAGAAACAUAGUGAGCUUUUUGAUGCUCGUAUGUGUCGCCUUCUCUUCGAAAUGAAUGCUUCUGCUGCGUUUUCUUGUGAUAUCAGCAUGGAGUCUGGCAAUUUCUCAUCCAUCUAUAAUCAUGUUCAUGGUUUGGCGCUGUCACUUAUCAAACUGGUGCGGAAUACUGUAACAUAUUUUGUAGCAAACCAACCUAUUUUUGCAGAUCACGGUACCUGA